AUGGGUGGUGAGGCUGCCGAGACCGCGACGGGUGCGCUGGAAGAAGGGAAGCGUAGCAAUGGUGCCACAGAACCAACAGCGUCUGCUGCGCCUGCUGCUUCAGCUGAGAAGGACCAGGACACCGCGAAGUCGGCCAAGCCUACGAUGGGCGUGAUGAGCACUGGGGAUGCUCAACCGGCUGCAGAAGCUGCAGAUAGGGCGCCGCCUACGGGUUCCAGCCCCAAGAAGAGACGGAAGGUCAACCACGGUGAGUAA